AUGUUGAUUACUAAAGCAACCAAAGGUGCUGUUACCACCAUACUUAAUAAUAAUAUAUUAUUGUCAUUAUACAACAUUCAAAGAAAAAGAUUACAAUCUACCGUGGCAUCUGCAUCCCAACCAGAUGUUACUAAAUCCAAAAGUACCAUUGCUGUGAAUUCUAAUACUACCGACACGCCGUUGUUUAAUGGUACUUCUGUUACUGGACCUUUACCUUCUUUGGCUAGUUCCAUUGGUGAAAUUAAACCAUUAGAUAUACCUCUUAAUGUCUUGGCAGUUUACCACAAACCAUUGAGGGUACCAAUCACCUACGGCGAUUUGAUUGCUGAUAUCCAAUUACGUUCCUAUGACCAUGAAAAUUUGGAUUUUUUCUGCGAUUUCAUCUUGCGUGUUGGGUUUUAUCUAGGUGCUCCGUUGACAGGUCCAAAACCAUUACCAACAAGGCGUGAGAGAUGGACCGUAAUAAGGGCACCAUUUGUUCAUGCUAAAAGCAAGGAGAAUUUCGAAAGACAUACGCAUAAACGAUUGAUCCGUGUUUGGGAUACUAACCCUCAAGUUGUUGACAUGUUGUUGAGUUAUUUAACCAAACAUUCUAUUACUGGUGUCGGUGUUAAAGUUAAUUAUUUUCAACGUGAAGGUUUAACAUUGAAUGAGCCUACUGCAAAGGACGAAACGAACAUCCUUGAUGGGUUGCAACAAGGAGAAACCGCUUUGAAGAAUGAAGACGCUGUUUCUAAAAAGGUUGAGGAAAUAUUAAGUGAUCCUAAAUUUAAAGCUAUGUUGAAUGAUAAAUAA